CCGUUAAGUUGGUAGACCGCGUUCUUUUUCUCCCGUGCUCGCACUCUACGGCGAAUAAAAUUUAAAGUUCUCUCUAUUUUACGUCAUUCCGUGUGGAGGACAGUGGCGGGCACGUUUGUUGGAUGUGUGUGUGUUGUGGCGCAUAUGCUCAUUCGAAAUAUGUGUUUAUAACGACGAACGAACGUUGAACAACCACGUGAGUCGAUUUGAACGUUCGGUGGUGGCAUACGGUGUCGGAUUUUGUGGGAAAAAAAAAUUACAUAACCUCUUAUUGGUGACUAGUGGCAGUAAUUAGAUUAAUUUUUGUAUGUCUGCAGUGAAAGUACAGGAUGUCGAUGUAUACCACAUUGAGUCAAACAAUAAUAGCCAGUACAAUUUAACAACCACCAUGAAAAAUCCGUCAGUGAGUUCCACUUACAAUAACGCGCUGUCCGUUCUCAGUCACGUUAAGUAUGAACAUCUGAUCGCCGGAAUCUCAGGUGGGGCCAUAUCCACCCUCAUCCUGCAUCCGCUGGACUUGAUGAAAAUCCGAUUCGCAGUUAACGAUGGACGAACGGCUCUACCUCAGUACAGUAGCUUAACAAGCGCAUUUUAUACAAUCGUCAAACAGGAAGGUGUUAAAGGACUGUAUCGAGGGGUCACCCCCAAUGUUUGGGGGUCCGGCAGCUCAUGGGGUUUCUACUUCUUGUUCUAUAACUCCAUAAAAAAUUGGAUUCAGGCAGGCGACAGCCAGUAUCCGCUGGGGCCGUCCCUUCACAUGUUGGCGGCAUCGGAGGCCGGCGUGCUCACGUUACUGGUGACCAAUCCCAUCUGGGUGGUAAAGACGAGGCUGUGCCUGCAAUACGGAACGAACACAGUGCCCAGCAGUCAAUGGUACAACGGCGUCGGCGACGCCCUAGUGAAAAUUUAUAAAACUGAAGGCUUCCGGGGUUACUAUCGGGGUUUCGUUCCUGGUAUAUUUGGUGUGACGCAUGGGGCACUCCAAUUCAUGACUUACGAGGAAAUGAAGGCAUUCUAUAACCAAUACAGGAAGCUGCCGCACGAUAGUAAAUUGACAACGGGGGAGUAUUUGAGUUUCGCCGCGAUCUCGAAGUUAAUAGCGGCCGCCGCCACAUACCCAUACCAAGUCCUGCGUACGAGGUUGCAGGAUCAACAUCACGAUUACAAGGGCACCUGGGACUGCAUCAAAAAGACAUGGAAAUACGAGAGGAUGCGGGGUUUUUACAAGGGCCUGGCACCGUAUUUGUUACAUGUUACUCCUAAUAUUUGUCUAGUCAUGCUUAUUUAUGAAAAAUUUACUAACAAAUAACUUAAUUCAUUCAUUCUAACCGAGGUCAUUACCAAACUAUAUAUUGUUAUUAAAAUUUAGCUGCAUUUCUGCGGAUUAACGGCUUCACUUAGCGGUACAGUCAUACACUAAAUGAUACGAUUGUUUAUAUUAUCCAUAAAAAUAGUAGCAAUAAUUGUUGACUUGUACUAGCUUUGGUCGUUGAGCUGUGGUUAUUGAUAUAAAAAAGAUCUGUCAAGUACAUUUGUCUAAAAACGAAUUUUCUUGUGAUACUAUGUACUUAUCAUAAUUUAACAUUUCAAAAUGUUUUCAAAUUGUUAUGUUGACAAAUAAAAUAUAUUUUUGUAGCAAUAUUUUAUGAAGACGGCUACAUUUUUGCUAAACUUAAUUUCCCUUAGUGAUUGAUACAUAUCGAUUAAAUUUUAGGUUCAUCAAUUUACAUGAUUAUGUGACAAGAAAGCAGGGUCGUUAAAAUUUAAAUUAUUUUUCUAUACAUUAGGUGAUUCCAUAGUAUUGUAUGAAGAAACUAUUGAUGAUGAUUAAAUAAUGUGAUAUUCA